AUGGAAGGCCGUGGCAGGCCAAGCUACUUCAACAUCGGUGAUGUGCCAGGUGAGCCUGGUAUGAUCCGAAGGAAUAGUAGGUCAGACGCUGCGCCGCCUUACCAGAGGCCGAGAGCAAGCAGUGUGCCUCGGGGUGCUGCCUUUAGUCCGGUGUCGAACUUGUCGGCUCUGGAACGGGGUAUGCAUCCAACCGGAAGCCCGGUGGUGGGAAGCCCAGCUGGCUCGCCGAACCCUCUUGGAGGUGUGUUGCCACCCCUACCAGGUUUGCCAGAGUUUGGUGGAGUUUCGCCAGUGAAUGCACCAUCACCGCCCACCGUGGAGACGUUUCUGUACCAGACGGUGCAGCAGCAGCAGCAAGUUGCCCAGCUUACGUCUCUAGUUCAGGCUCUUGUGAGCAGGGAAGUGCCUGCGCCACCUACUGCGAGAGGCAAGGGCCACGGUGGAGAGCUUAGCUCCAUCUCCGAUUCGUCGGGGAAAAUGGAGGUUGAUGAGGGAGGUGCUCCCAUCAGGAAUCCCAAAGCUGAAGCUUAUGUUCCUAAGCUGCCUGCGAUUGAUGGUGGAAAGAUGAGCAAAGGCCGUCGCUCGGAGAUCGAAGGAUGGGCUGAGUUCCUAGAGCAAUUCCUGCCGUGGAUUGCUCUCUUUGAUGAUAGGAUCCCGGAAGAGCUUCAUCGAUCGAUUGCUUCUGAGGUCACCAUCAAGCAGUCAUCGCUUGAAAAGGGACAGAGCGUGCGUUCAACUAGGACCUUCUUGUACCUGAAGCAAGCGUUGCAAGGGUUUGCUCGUGGGCUUGACUUGGUUAAGCAAGUAGAGAAGGAGCAGCUUGGCUCCCCAGCUGGGUACGAGUGCAUGAGGAGGUUGCAUCAGGAGUUGUCUGUUGCGAGCCGCAUCGAGGCUUCGACGCUUCGGAAUGAGGCCCUGCAGUACCGCGCGAGCACUCCUGCCAAUCGUCCACUUGACAUGUUUCGAAAUAUCCAGUUGGAGCUUGCCAAGUUUACCCGCUUGACCGCAGGGUUCCCAGAUCUUGCGUUGAGUGAGGCAGACCGUUGCAUGAUUGUUUUGAGAAACCUUGAUGUUGAAGUGAAGAAGUAUGUUCUUUUGCAUGCUAGGGUUGACUCCAUGGACCAGCUUGAGACUGCUUUGAAAUUUUAUGAUGCCAACCUUAAGAUCCUGAAUUUCCAAGAGAAGGAAGGAAAGGGAGCAGCAAAGGAUCACGCGAAUGCUUUGACCUUCGGAGACAAGGGAAAGGGCAAGAAGGGUGACAAAGGAAAGGAAGAAAAAGGAAAAGGAAAGGACAAAGGAAAGGACAACAAGAAAGGGAAUGAGAAAGGAAAGGAAGAAAAAGGGAAAGGUGGAAAGGACAAAGGCAAGGACAAGGGGAAGACUGCAGCCGCAAAGGACGGCAAGCAAGGUUCUGGAAACGACAAGGAGAAGGAGAAGGAGAAAGCAGAGCGCUUGAAGAACGUCGCGGCUGCCUCUUUGGAGCCUCAGAUUUUCGCAGCUGCGGUUGAUCUGAGUUGUCCGGUUGUUGAGCUUGAUGAGGAUGAUUGCUCGGAUUUUUCUCAGGAGGAUUGGGAGGAGUUCGUUGCAUCUUAUGAGUGUGCUUGGUCGGAGCCUGUUGUGCUUGAAGGCGGUGAGCCUGUUGCGCUUGAGGGUUCCAUGUUGCAUGUUGCGCUUGAGAAUUUUCCUUGUGACAACCCAAACAGAGCCACAGUUGAGCUUGCAGAGUCCCGCGGUGUCCCAAACAGAACCACAGUCAAGCUUGCAGAGUCCCACCAGGUCCCAGACAGAACCACAGUCGAGCUUGCAGAGUCCCCAGAGUUGAGCUUGGAAGCAGGUCGUUUUGUUGCAGAUUUUCAAAAUGUCGUUGAGCAUGACAUGUUGCAUGUGGUAGGUAGAGCUGACCAUGGCAUGGUAGCGCACGAGACAGCAGCAGCCAGCCAGCAGCAUGACACCAUGGAUUGGUGGCUCGUUGACUCCGGCGCGUCGGCCCACAUCAUCAACGAGGACACUUUGAGCCGGGUGCACGUUGUGAGCCACAGUGAGUCUGCCAGUGAGUGUGUUUCUGCAACGGGUGACAGCAUUGGAGUUCGGAGGUCUGCGGUUGUCAGGGUUCCAUUCGUUUUGGUUUCGGGCGAGACGGUGGUAACAGAACUCCAAGUGCUUGUUGCUCCUGUGAAGUUUAACCUGCUGUCCUUAGGUCGUUUGCUGGGCAAGAGCUGGGUUGUGGAUUUCCUGCCAAGUUUUAAAGUUGAGGCCGCUGGGUACGUUCUUCGCACGAGAUGGGUCUCCAAUUGCGGAUGGGUUUUCUCGAGUGCUGUUGAGCUUGACCGUUCCGUUGCAGUUGCCGCCCGAGCGAGCUUGAAGCGUAGUGACGGCUGCGAGUCCUCCUCCGACUCGGAGCAGGAGUGGCGCCUUUCGGGUCGCCGCCACCUGGCGGAGCAGCACGCGGCGACUGUUACGAGGACUCACGAGGAUUUCGAGGGAUCCACGAUCGCCUUUACGGCAACCUCGAUGGUGGGUCUUACGCCGGGCCAGAACCUGCUGUUGGUGCCAGCCGCGGAAGUGAAGAAGAAGACGGCAGAGCAGGCAAAGGCAGCUGCGAAAGCAGCGGCGGAGAAAUUCGUGAAGGAGCGCCAGGAGAGCGCCCAGUGGGCCAAGGAAGCAGAGGAAGCAAAGAAGAAGAGAGCCGCCAAAGCCGAGGCAAAGCAGAAAGCAGCCACAGAGGCCGCGGAGACAGAGAAGAAAGCAGCCACAGAGGCCACGGAGGCAGAGAAGAAGGCAGCCACAGAGGCCGUGGAGGCAGAGAAGAAGGCAGCCACAGAGGCCAAGAAGAGGGUCGCCGAAGCGAUCGAGGUCCCAGAGGUCAAGAAGCCCAAGGGCAGUGUGGCCAGAGCAAAGGCGGAGCCGUCUUCGGGGUCAAAGGACCCACCGCAGCCACUGGUGAAGAGGCAGCCCAAGCCGCCCGUGGUGAAGGCAAUGCCAGCCAAGGUCCGAAAGAUCGUCUUGAAGAGCCGGGCCCAGCGCGGGAUUCCCGGGCAGACGGAGACUGCGCUGAGAAUGCUUUCGCAGCGAGCCAGGGAAAAGAAGAAGCAGGGCUACCUCAUGAAGGCCAUCAACAACGCCAUGAAGAAGAAGGCCGAGGAGCAGAAAGGCCCUCCGGUGCGGAGGACAUUGGAAAGACAUGUCAAGGACCACUUUGCGCAAAUCAAGGGCCUGGAGAUUCCUUUCGUGGAGGUGACGAUUUCCGAAGUCAUCAAGGAACCCCCAGGACCACCAGGAUCGCCAAUGGUACCGCAACCGAGAACACCACCUGCGCGAGCCAAGGUGGAGGCCGCGCGUGCAGCAAAGGUGCCACAGAUAAAGGUGGAAGGAGGCCUGGAGAUCAAUCCCCCACCACCGGUACCGCCGCGGAGGAGGCUUCCCACGCCGCCGAGGGAUCCGAGGUCAGCCGGACGAGGGGCCUCUGCGCCCUCAGAGUGGUCACCUGUGUCCAGUCUGCCGCCAUGGUCACCAGUGUCCAGUGUGCCGGUGGAUGCAAGGGCCAGGGAAACCCCAGCCGAGACGAGAGCCGAGGAGCCCCCAGCAGAGAGGAGAGCCGAGGAGCUGCACAUCGGGGACGACGGCAAGAUCUACAACUCGCGGGGCGAGGUGGUGGAGCUCGAGAGCAUCGAGAUAGACGCCCACCAUCCAGGAAUAUCCGAUGGUCCUUCUUCCUUGGGACUCUCGCUUCUGAUGCAAGAAAAGGUUGCGUUUGCAUGUGAGCAUGAUGUUGCCGUUGAGCUUGGUGAGCAUGCAUGUGUUGGUGGUUUGGGUGAGCAUGAUUUGCAGCAUGGUGAGUUGCUUGAGCAUGUUGGCCAGGACCGACCACAGCGUGACCGGAGCGAGGCCCAUGAUAGCCAGAGUGAAGCAUGGUUGCUUAGAGGGGAUCGGGAACUGUUGUUGCAGGAGAGUUGGGGUAAGCUAGAGCGAGAACAUGUUCUUAGAUCGCAUGUGCCGUACAAUGCGUCUUGCCCGCAGUGCGUGCAAGGUCGUGGGCUUGAACCCGCCAGAAGCCAGGAUCGGCCCCAGGACUCAGGGAUGAGAGAGGUGCAGAUAGAUAAGUUUUUCUACAAGGGCCUCGCUUUCCUGGUGUUGGUUUUGGUUGGUGCUUUUGCCCUCGGUGUAGUUCCGUACCGUGAGGUGAGCGGAUCCCGAGGCCCAGCAGCCAAGGAAGCCAUGUUGAGUGACAUGUCGGCAUGGAGUCGUAGCGUUGGCUUGGUUGGUGUUGCUCCCAGUGAGUUGACGGUGAGUGUGAAGUCGGACAUUGAGGGUGUUGUGAAGAACCUUGCGCAAAGUUUUGCUGAUGGUUUGACCGCUGGUGCCAUCGAGGUUGUGGAUGCCCCUGUUGGUCGGCAUGCUGUUGUUGCAGAGCGUGCUGUGAGGACCAUCAAGGAAGGUGCAAACACACUGUGUGCGGGGUUGGAACAGGUCGGCUUGGAGCCCUGCGGGAAGGGUGUUACGUAUCUUUUGAUGCACGUUGCCCAGGUCUACAACCGGUACCAGGUGCAUCCUGGAUCAGCGCUGUCCCCAGAACAGCGGUGCUUGAAGACCACCCGUGGACCGCAUGCCGCCUAUGUUUGGGGUGCUGCUGUGCUUGCCACUCCUCCUCCCUCUUUGCGUGAUAAAAUCACCGGCCGUUACGGCCACGCCGCCUACCUUGGACCAGAGGUCGGAAGUGGAAGCCACAUUGUGCAGUUUAGGCUGCGGGAUGGCACUUUGAAGAUUGCGAGAAGCGCAAGAAUCCGGAUGUUGGUUCCUCUCACUUUUGAGGUGUCGAGCUUGAAAGGUGUUUGUCGCAUGUUGCCCGGAAGAAGGGAUGAUUCCCAGAAGAAGCUCCCCGAGAGCAGUGGUGACAAUGUGCGCGACCUCCCGUUGCCGAACACCGCAACCCGAGGACCACCACCAGAGUGGAUUGAAGAAAACGGGAGAACCCCAAGGUGCCGAGCUUGCCGGCUGCGCGGUUUUCCAGCAGAUAAGGCCUGGCACACCCAGAAGUGCCGUGAUCGAUACGCUGAGUUUGUGAGAAACUCUUUCGAUCCCAGCCGGGCAAUCCUCGAUCAGGCCCCAAUUGAAGAAGAAGUGACCGGGCGUGAUGAUUUGGGUGCUGGAUUUGGUGUUGAUCUUGGGCUUGAGGUGCCGGAUGAUCUUGAUCCGUUCCCGAAUUUUCCAUUGGAUGAGGAUUUGGCUGAGUAUGAGCCCAGUCUGCCUGGAGUUGAGAAUGAAAUAGAGCUUGGAGAAGAACUCGAGCAGAUCGAGGCCCCGAGCCCAGGCGAGCUUGAUUUCAUGCAAGUUGAUCCUGAACCUCUUGAGGCACUCCCUGAAGAAGAGCGGGAGGCCAUGGUGUCCAGUAUGAUGUACCGAGAGUCCAUCUCCUUUGCUGGUGCGUCGGUUUGUUUUGCGGGAGCCGCCACCAAGGUUGUUACUCCUCAGGACUUAAACUGGGUGAAUGUGCUUACUGUGAGUGAGCGUGAUGAUGGUGCCAGUGCACAGACCUUGCUUGAGCUCAAAGCCAUCUUUGCUGAGCAGAUCAAGAAGAAGGGUUUUGUCUUCUUAUGGGCUAGUACCCCGUGCACAGGAGGCUGCCCGUAUCAGAGGCUGCGUGCCCGUGAUCCAGCUUAUCGCCGAGGGCGGUUGGCUCAGCACUGGAGGCUUCACCGGAAGCUCUGGAGAAGCUUGGUCGAGCUUACUAGCUUUGUGCAUGCUUGGGCCAUUGAGUGGCCGCGUGCUUGUGCUUACUGGUCUUGGCGCCAGACUGAGCAUUUUCUUUCCUCACGCCCCUACGUUUUGCACGACGUUCCAGUUGAUGGUUGUGCGCUUGAUAUGCGGGGCCGCGAUCAUCUUCUGAUCGCCAAGCGAUGGCGUGUUGUUACCACACACCCAGCAGUCGCUGAGAGCAUUCGUGUCUAUCGUUGCUCUGGGAAGCAUGAGCACUCGAAGGACUUCGACCUCAAGAAUACACAGCACUACCCGGUAGAGCUUGUAAAGUCCUUCUUCGAAGCGUUGACGUUUAAGAUGUCUCUGGCUCCUUUCGCUGCCGAGCGUGCCAUGGUGUUUGGCCUGGUUGUGGAAGUGCAAGAGAAGCUUCUCGAAGCUGUGCAGGACCUUCUUUCGUUUCUGCCAAGGCAGGUCACGAUGAUUAACAGCAAAAUCGAUGCGACGAGAGCGCACUCCUUGGGCAUUGACCGGGCCCGUGGCAGGCACGUGGCGGGGCUCUUUAAUUUGCGAUCUCUCCCUGUGGAUGAUCCUUUGCUCCCUGCAAGCUCCCGGAGUGCUACUGAUGAAACCAUCCUGGUGGUGGCCUUUUAUGGCCAGGCCGGCAAUGCAUCGUGCUUGCUGGUGAUGAAUGUGCGCGUGGCCGGCCUCCGGGAACACGAGAUUGCAGUGGCGGGACUUCAGGAGCCAGAGACGGCGCGUGUCCCUCAGCAAGAGACCCAAAGUAAAGGGGUCGUCACCAUGGCCCGAGAUGGCCGUGAGAGCGGCUUUGCAGUCAGUCAAGAGAAAGAUGCACGUCUCGCAACCCUCACUCCACACCCGGUGGAUCGAAGCAAAGGCCGCGUUAACCAUGCUGCAGAUCAGGCGGCGGGCAGCUGCAUGCAAAACAGGCUCUCGGGCUCUCAAAGGGAGCACUGGCAUCAGCAGUGUGAUCAGGUUCGGGAUUGGGAGCUGACUACCACACGGCUUGCGGCAGCUGCUGCUGAGCGGCUGGACAAACAUGUGAAGAGCGUCCCUCUCGAUGAUGCUGAGCCCGCAGGGGCAAGGCCCUGA